GAUAAGAUCAAACCAUGGUCGAGUUCCACGGCGCCAGCACAAGAAGAGGACGAAGCGCAGUAGCAGUCAACAGCAAGAACAAGAGUAAGAGUACCAUGUUUCUGCUUUGACUCAACAUAUGUCUUCGAUUGUUUCCCUUGAUCAUGAAUCGUUUCUGCGGGAGAAAUCCCUAGCAGCCUCUCGCUGAAGGAAUUUCUUGUUGCUUCGUUUCAGGUCUGUGUUUUCAUCUGUGAUAAUAAGGGUUUUUUCUAAUGAAUAUUAUCUUAUCGAAUCUUUCGCUGUCUUCUUCAAGAUUUUUCUUGCUGUUGUUGAAUCUCGCAUCAAACAGAAACAUGGAUCACUUGCGAUGCUGAAAAAUUACGGGGUCAUAUCCAAAUUUAGCAUUGCUUUUAGAUCGAAAGCAAUCUUGAUUUCUGCAUAAUAUUUCCCAGGGUUUCUUUCUUCUCUGCCAAAGUUUCAUGAUCGUGAAUAAUAGCAGUUAUUGGAAGGGGAUGCUGUCUGUCGUUCAUUCUCGAGAUCUUGUUUUGUAUGUGCGUGCGUGUAUACAUGUAUGUAGAGUGUUGAAUCUGGCAUGAAAUCAGAACCAUGGAUCACUACGACGUGUGUGCUCUUUCACCCUGCCCCAAAAGAAAGUAAUGGGUAGCAACCAAUGAAGCUGAAAGUUACGCGAUCAUAUCCAAAUUUAGCAAUUUAGCAUUGGUUUUAGAUCAAGAGAUGUCUUGAUUUCUGCAUGAUUAUUUCAAAUUGUUUCUUUCUUCCCUGCCAAAGUCUGAUGAUCUUUAAUAAUAGCCACUUCUUGGAAGAGAAAUGCCGUCUGUCAUUGAUUUUCUCGAGGUUUCGUUUUGUGUGUAGAUAUACAUGUGUAUCCAGUAUUGAAUCUUGCAUGAAAUCCGAACCAUUGAUCACUAUAGCUCUUCCACCAUGCUCCAAAAUAAAGUAAUGGGUAGCAACCAAUGAAGCUGAAAAUUUAUGCAAUUUUAUCCUAAUUUUGCAUUGGUUUUAGAGAGUUCUUUCUUGUCGGUCAAAGUUUCAGGCUCUUCAAUAAUAGCUCUGCUUAUUCGAAUAGUGAUCCUGUUUGUCAUUAAAUUUUCUUCUAUGAUUUUGUUUUGUGUGUAAUAUGGCCUGUUGAACUGAUGACAUUAAUGUCUAGAUUUGUGAAGCAAAGUAAUGUGAGCAUGGUUUAUGAAUCAUCCGAGGACAAGAUUCAGGCAAAAAUGGCCACUUUCCCCCGUGACAUCUUGUUCUGCAUCCUUUCCAGGUUGCCUCUGAAAUCUGUUCUUCGGUUUUGUUGUGUAUCUAAGUUAUGGCUUGAUGUGAUAAAAAGUCCAGAGUUCGGGUACCUCCACUCUAAGAAAUCAGCUGGUGACCCUACAUUACUAAUUCUGUCCCACCGUCUGCUGAAGGAGAACAUCAUCAGCAUAAGCCCAAUAAGCCUCAGGGGUCAUCAUCUCCACAUUAGCGAUAAUUCCAUCAGUAAUCUGGUUGGUUCCUGCUCAUUGAAUUUAGUAGGGGCUUGCAAUGGCUUCCUGUGUUUUGCAUCAUUCGAUCAUGAGCGUAUCCUGGUCUGUAAUCCUAUCACAAUCGAGUUUGUCAUUCUACCGAAACCUGGUACAACUCUUCCUCCAGAGCCUCUCACAAUAGUCUAUGGUUUUGGGUUUGAUUCUACGUCAGAGACAUACAAAGUUGUUCGUGUAUCAUAUUCUGAAGGAUCUUUACACGGUGAUGCUAAUCUUAAGGUUUCAGUUGAGGUAUACAACUUGGGUGCAACAGGGUCUUGGAGAGCAGUGCGAGACUUUCAGCAGCCUCCGUAUGGUCUGCCUGUGUUUGCUAAUGGACAUCUGCACUGGUUAGUACAUCCACAUUUUUCUGGUGCUGAUAGAAUCAUAUCAUUUGAUAUCGGAAAAGAGGAAUCGGUAAUGACACCUCACCCAAAUUUUGGUUUGAGAUUCAGUAUUUCCGAGCUGGGAGGGUGUUUGUCUGUGGUAGAUCUUAGGAAGCGCACUCUCAUUGAGGUAUGGGUGCUUAAGGAUCAAUUUAACAACUAUUGGCAGCAGGAAUACAUCCUUCCUGUAGGUGUGCCUUAUGGUCUUGAUAUGGGGCUUCCUAGGCUGAUAUCCAUCUCUGAGAAGAAUGGAGUACUACUGAUUUGGCUACAGGAUGCAAUAUUUUCAUAUGAGCAAAGAACCUUGAGUCGGAAGAAGCUGCUGAUAUCAGGGUUGCCAUCAUGGUUGGAUUGGGAGAUUUGCUGUGGGUUUAGGCCGAGUCUGGCUCCGCUGAGGGGCAAUCUUGAAAGAUUGAAAGAGAACAUGGAUGUUGCAUAUUUUACUAGUGACAUGGAAAUUUAUUCCCAGCCCAUAAUUUCUUCACAGAUUGUGGAGUAUAAAGCUAUUGAUCAUGUUGGGAGAUGAUAUGAUUGACUCCAUACAUGAUGCUUGGGGACAAAUGGUGGCUUUACUACCUAUUGAUACUGUGAAACUCUCUCAUUUACAUAAACGGUCAGACUGAAUACUAUUUGGAGCUAAUCAUUCUCCAUAGAAAUCUGACUGUGAUCUUAGAAACCAGGAUAUAUAUAUAGGCUUCAGAUCAAAUAUGAUGGCAGUGAAGGGUUGGGAUUGUGAUGGAAAAGCUGAGUGCAUUGCAGAAUUCAAGGAGCAGAAUUUACCAAGAAUUUGUGGUGAGAAAUAUUUUUUACUUUGAAUUCAAAGGAGACAGCUUCUCGUAUGACUUUGGUGGGUGUGUUGGUCAUGUCGGAAGCACGGCCGAAGGCAUCUUAACUGCUCUCCCACUUACCCGCAUUCCUGUUGGUUGGUUGGGUGGGUGGGAGCCACGAUAAGAAUGCAGCCCUGAGGGUCGUCACCUGGUGGUUAUUUCUAUUUGAGUGAGAGUAAAAAAAAAGAAAAAACACGAAGAGUGCCGGGGACGAUACCUGAGUCAGUCAAAUACCAAGUCCUCGUCUUCUUUUUCCGGUGUUGGGUGCGGAUGAUCGGCAGGGCGAUGGCGUCGCGCCCUGAUCGCCACCUCCUCCUCCUAAAGCCGGGCGACAACGACUUCCACGAUCCAGACCUCCUCUGCCCCCCUCCCCCUCCCCCCUC